UCCAAUCGCGACGCGAAACUUAAUCACGUGAGCAGAAUUUCCAGAGAUGACAACAACAACACAUGCAGAAGGCAUUCGUUAGAUUGCAGCCGAGCAACUCGCACGAACCUCCAAAUACGCCAUCGCAGAAUUUGCUUUCAUAGCUAUUGUUAGAAGUCAAGGAACUUGAGAAUGGAACAACCUCCAGGCCUUCCGACUCUAGGGGAGGCAGUAUACUGGGCCAUGACACCAGGACCCAGCACCCCAUACAACACUUGCCCACCUCAAACAGCACAUGUAGGACCCAGCAGCACGGGGAGCGCACCCCCCAGCCUCUACACCAUCAGUGCAACCCCACUUCAGACGGCAGGGCCCAGCACCACAUCAGAGCUAAGCAGCACGGCGAAUUUGACACCCAACCUCACCAGCGUGCUGUCCACAAGACCAACAGCCAUGACGGCAGCUCCAACAACGCCAGGCAGUACAAUCCAAAGCUCAACCGGGACACACGCAAGCCAGCAACUGCCUCGCCCUCCCCAACCCCUCUCCUCUCCAUUAAAUUCUCUGGGCCACCACUACUUUCAUCAAACAGGAAGUACCCCAGCCCCCUAUGCCCAAGCCCAGCAAACCACCCCAUAUGGAGCAAACCCACCUCACUAUUAUCCCUGCCAUAUCCCCCAAACAAAUCCGCCUCCUCCCACUCAGCUGGUCCCGAACAAUGGAAACCCCCAUCCCUCCUCUCCCUUUCCAUAUCCAGGCCCACCUCCUUCCCAACAUUUACUCAAUCCAGAGCGGCCACACCAAAGCCUGCCCGCAAACUGCCCCAUGUUACAGAACAACACCCCCCAUCUCUCCUCACACUCCCAUGCCCCCCAAAGUUUGCCCCACCAAAACAUGCCCCUCCCAAACCAGACUUGUAGCCAUUCAUGGCCACAAGACGCCGGACAAGGAAAUCAUGCCCCAGGUAAGAAAAUACCUAAAUCCAGUAUUGACCACCAUGUGAGCACAAAAUUAAGAAACAAAAUUUGGGAAGAUGAAUUUGUAAAUUUACGCGAACUCCUCCCCCCUGAUACAAAUUUAUCAAACAACAGUUCAGAAACCUUCCUCCCCCAGGCCGAAAGAAACGACGAAGGUCAUAUAACCAUGACCUUUUCCCCUUCUCCUAAAAUUAGUGACCUGUCCCCAUUGCAAUGGUGCCGUGCUUGGCAGAUUUUCACUGCAAUAUACCUACAAAGAUUCCCCUCCCAAGCCAUCCCCCUUUCCGUAUAUGCCCAUAGGGUUAUCACCCUUUUCACCAGCAAGGUAGCUAGCUGGAAAUCGUAUGAUGAGAAAUUUAGACUAAAACGGGCCAGUGAGUCCAUAAAAUGGGAGGAGGAAGACCCAGUUGUUUAUGGGCACUCUUUGGGCACUCCAAAAUUAGAAAAUUUUCGUCCCCAACAGGAAACCUGCAACAACUACAACAGAGGAAAAUGCUACCUCGCAAGGUGCAGAUACCUGCACAAAUGCCUCCUCUGUGGGAAGGACCACCCAUUAUCAUCUUGCUGGUCAGCCCCCCGAAGUUCACCUCCAUACCAAAGGAAACCCAACCACUUCCCCCCUAGCAAAGCAAAAAUUUUCAGACCCAAAUUCAACAAAAAAUUUGCAUAACCCCCUUCAGGCCAUCAUA